AUUGGAUGAUGUUAUUAAUCUGCGCACCCUGACUUAUAUCUAUAUAUGUCACUAAAAUUCAUUACAAAAACAAAAAUAUUCUCCACUUAAGGUUGGGUUUAUGAACUUUCAAUUUUUAUUUGCAAUUGAUAGCAAUGUUUUCUUUCUUACAUAAGUUAUCAAUUGGAAGGGGAAGAGGUAAUGACUUGACAUCUAAAGACAUGAAUGGAACAGACGAUAUUUUGAAUAAAAAAAAUCCAAAUAUCAUAAAAGAUGUAACUGAACUCAGGGAAAAUGUUUACGAUUUGUUACGAAAUAUAAAAGACCCAGAGAAGCCUCAGACCUUAGAAGAAUUGGAAGUAGUUUACGAAGAUUGUGUGUGUAUUGAUGAAACCACACCGAAAGGAGUGAACGUUAUUCGAGUAGAAUUCAACCCCACGGUGCCCCAUUGUUCCCUUGCUACUCUCAUUGGCUUGUGCAUUCGAAUAAAAUUGGAACGAAAUUUAAUAGCUUUCCACAAGCUCGAUAUUUACAUCAAGGAAGGUGCUCACGCAACAGAACAAGAAAUAAAUAAGCAGAUUAACGACAAAGAAAGAAUAGCGGCUGCCAUGGAAAAUCCUAAUUUACGAGAUUUAGUUGAAAAGUGUAUUAAAGAGGACUAUUAAUGAUGUUGUUCAAUUUGUAUAUAAAAUGUAUAUAUAUGAUCAAUUUUUUAUUAUUUUUUUGAGAGUUUUUAUAAAUUUUAGCAAUAAGGAAAGAAAACGUAUUAUAAAUAUAUUCUAAACAAUUUUA